GGCGUAUCGUUACUGUGACCUAUGACCUAUUUUGGCGGGAGAAAACUUUGCUACAAAUUUGUGGAAAGCCGAAGGAGGAAAAAUGCGAAUUUUGACGUGGAAUAUAAAUGGCGUCAGGGCUACAAAGGAGCCCCUAAAACAAGUACUUGAUUCUCUAGAUGCAGAUAUCGUGUGUCUACAAGAGACAAAAGUUACACGAGACCAACUGGAUGAAGCAUCAGCGAUUGUAGAGGGGUACAGCUCUUACUUCUCCUUCUCCAGAGUCAGGAGUGGAUACUCAGGUGUUGCCACCUACUGUAAAGAUGGAGCCACACCUAUCAAGGCAGAGGAGGGACUGACAGGACUCCUGACCAAUCAGAAGGAAGAAGACAUCAUCGGUUGCUAUGGGGACCAGACUAUGUUCACAGAGGAUGAGCUCCGUUUAUUGGACAAGGAAGGGAGAGCUGUGAUCACCCAGCAUACGAUACGUGACACAGAUGGAAAAGAGUGCCCCCUAGCAGUAAUCAACGUGUACUGCCCCCGAGCAGACCCAGAGAAGGAGGAGAGAAAGGACUUCAAGCUGAGGUUCUACCGACUGCUACAGACCAGGGCACAGGCACUGCUGCAGGCUGGCAGCCAUGUGAUUGUCCUUGGAGAUGUCAACACGUCACACAAACCCAUCGACCAUUGUGAUCCUGAUGAUGUUGAAUAUUUUUCAGAGAACCCAGGAAGAAAAUGGCUGGACCAGUUUCUUCUUGACCCACAUCAAACUGGAGACAGUGGUAGCAGUGGUGACACACUUAUUGGCCAAUCAAAUCAACCCAUUAACCCUAACAACCAAUCAGAUGUUGCAUCAGAUCAACUUGACACAUCAUUGGACAGCAGUAUCCAAGCUGAUAAUGCCUCAGAGAAGGGACAGGGUGGCAACUUUGUGGACACCUUCCGAUUUUUCCACCCAACUCAACGCAGUGCAUUCACGUGUUGGUCGACAGUGACUGGUGCCCGCCAGACCAACUACGGCACACGUAUCGACUACAUCUUCGCAAACAGGGCCCUUCUUAAUCAGUUUCAGGACUGUACCAUUAUGCCUGAGGUAGAGGGGUCAGACCAUUGCCCUGUGAGGGGGGAGCUAGCGUGUAUAGUUGUUGCUUCUGGUAAAUGUCCAGCCUUGUGCUCCAAAUACAUGCCAGAGUUUGUAGGGAAGCAGCAGAAACUGUCAGCCUUCUUCACUAAGGUCAAGAAAGGAGAGAAUGGUGAAGAGAAGAGCAGCCAAGACAGUGUGUCUAGCAGCCAGGGUACUAGUGAUGGUCACUCAGAAAUAUGUAGUCAGCAGUCAACUUCACAGUCAUGGGAGAACCACAGUAGUGAGAGUGAAGGGAGCAGCAUCAUAUCCACCACAAAACAUGGUCAAAGUCAACACAGGACCUCUGUGAAGAGGAGUGCGUCAGACCAUAUAGGUCGAGGUAUGAAGAAACAGAAGACUGACCAAGGGAAGCAGGGAACCCUGCUGAGCUUCUUUGGCAAGAAGACUAAGAUUGAAGCAGAUGAAAAAAGAAAGGCAAACACUUUAGACGUAACACAAGAAAAUCCCGAAAGGGAUGUCGCUUGUGAAAAUGUUGUCAGCAGCCAGUCUGUCCAUCCUUCCAACAGUUCUGUAGAUGUUGAUGACAGUGUGAGAAAAGAAAGCAAACAUGCUGAGAAUGACAAAAGCACCGUUGAGACAAAACCCAAGCAGAACCAGGCAGCAUUCUGGAAGACUGUCCUGAAAGGACCACCCCCUCCCCCACCCUGCAAGGGGCAUAGAGAGCCUUGUGUGUUGAGAACUGUGAAGAAACAAGGCCCGAACUUUGGGAAACAGUUUUACGUGUGUGCCAGGCCACAGGGUCACUCCUCUAACCCUGCAGCCAGGUGUGACCACUUCCAGUGGGUCAGUAGGGGGAAGGACAAGUGAUAGCACAGCUGUCUGUGUUUGUUAAAGGGGCAUUUCACACUAGAAGGGAGCAUUAUUUUCCGAUAGAUGAUAUUUUUUGGGAUACAAAUGACUUUUCGCAAAGUUACCUCUUUCGUCUUUUCGACAAUAAUCCUUUUCUAAAUCCAAGUAACCUCAUACGUACUAAAUGUACUGCUCUAUAUAUGACUUUUGCAGCAUAGCCGACUUCCGUCACACUUACUCGCUAUGGUAGUCGAAUAAUGUAAACAAUCUUUUGAGAAGCAGAAAGGCAAAAAUUAUAAAAUCUUGCGAUUGUAUGUACUUUACGAUGAGUCGAUGACUGUUUGCCUCCCAAAAAAAUCCUGUUUUUUUUGCGAGCCAGAGUACCCGGUUUUAAACCAGCUGCUGUGUCUAUUAUGUCAUCAUGGGUGGAAAUUAACUUGAUUACCUGACAGCAACAAGUUAAAAAAUAGAAGUAUGAUUGGUAAGAUUUGAUGUUCCAUAGCAUCAAAAUGGUGUUUAUUUCGUACAAACGUAUUUCUUCUUUGUAUAAUACUUAUGAUAAUUGCUUGUUAUCAGGAACUGUGUAUUUAUUGUCAUUGGUGAUAAAGCACCUUAAAUUUGUUGUGGAUCAGCUUCUAAAUGAUAAAAGUAGAUUUAUUCAUGAUAGCUGUCAAUCAAGAGUGUCAUAAAAAUGUAAAAUAUAUACCAAUCUGUUCAAAUUCUAUCAGAUCAAAAGAGAUUGCUAUGUUUUAAAUCUAUGUGAACUGUCAAUAUAUAUUGACUAUUGCAAAAAAUGACAAUAGACCAAAUGCCAUGCGACCUGUGUAGAUGGAAAUGGCAAGUAGAUGCAAUUUUGGCUCCGUGUUAGUCGCUAUUACUUGAGAAGGAUAGACCAACAGCUUUAAUCAUAUUAAGCAGAAUCAGGGAUAAACUACUUCACUGCUAACUGACAUUUUUGCACUGCAGUUGUCGCUCAGUAAGACUUCUGGAGCCACAUAGUUCUAUUUAGAACUUUAGAUUUUUUUAUUCAACCUGUCAUAAGUGUUUACGACAUUUUCAAUCCUUGUUUUAAAACCACAUACAUUGUACUCAAUACCGAAUACAUGUGCGGCAAUGACUGGGGAAAUACUACACAUAAUGCACUCAACAUUUACUGAAAUGCUCACAAGGCCACAAUUUCAAAAUCAAAAUAACAUGCUAACUUAUGGUACACGACCAUAAUGCAAUAUGGACACUAGUCAGACAUAUUUAUGAUUGGUGUAUACUCUUAUUAGCACACAACAACAAUCUAAACGUUCUCAGCUAAAAACGAGAAAUAACCGUUCCAUUACGAUUUGUACACAGCUACUACUGUAGUACAAAAAUACUUUCAGUCAAUACUGAUAUUGAAUUACUUUCACAUUUGUAGUUUUUAUGUGAUAUUUACACAUGUUAUGUGAUGUUCUACACCCAUAAUUUCAAUUUGUACACAGCUACUACAAAAAUACUUUCAGUCAAAACUGAUAUUGAAUUACUUUCACAUUUGUAGUUUUUAUGUGAUAUUUACACAGGUUAUGUGAUGUUCUAAACCCAAAAUCAGAAAAGGAUAGUCUGUGCUCACAUAUAUAUAUAUAUAUAUAUAUAUAUAUAUAUAUAUAUCCGGUUACAAUCUGUUGGUUCUCUACUGUGAUGAAUUUGUACAUUUUGCAUUCUUUUCAACAGUCAUCCUCAACAGGUGAAGAAUUAUUACCUUUAACGAAUCAUGUACCUACUGGCGAUGCAAUCCAACCUUGCUUCAUCUUUUGCUUUGAGCUAAUUACCAUAUCUAUUUUAAAACGUUUAUCUUCUGAAGAAGCGUGUUGAGUUCCGUAUUGUGCAAAUGUUUGUUAUCUGAGGCUGAUGCCUGUAUCUCAGCCAUACACUAGGUUGCCAGAUUUAUAUCCAUCCGAAAGGCUAGUACGAAUGGAUACCGUCAACAUAAUGAUCUCAUUCCUUUGCCCUAAACGUAUUACAUGUACUUGUACUGG